AUGCCCGAGUUCAAACCGGGCCAGACGGUCCAGCUCAACGAUGGCCGCAGAGGAACCGUCCGCUUCGCCGGACAGACCAACUUCCAGGUCGGCGAGUGGAUCGGUGUCGAGCUCGACGAGAAGACGGGGAAGAAUGACGGAAGCGUUCAGGGCGAGCGGUACUUUGACUGCCCCAUGGGAUACGGCAUGUUCGUCAAGCCCAUGAUGGCCACCAUCCUCGCCCAGCCCAAACCCGCUGCUGCUCCUGCGCGCAAGUCCAGCAGGCCCGGCAGCUUCAACCCGGCGUCUGCGAGGGCGUCGACCGGUCCGGACGCGGGGUUGAACAGGAGGAGGAGUCUGAAUGCUCCCAGCCCAAGCCCCGUGCCCAAGGCGAGGGCGUUGGGAGUCAGGUCUCCUACCAAGUCGCCUACAAAACCGCCUACGAGCGCAUCAACGCCCAGAACCGGCACGCCCUCCAACACGCGAACGCCUUCGGUGGGUGGUGUCAAGCCCCGAACGUCGAGUGCCGGCACGAGGACGUCCAUGGGACCCCCGGCCGCGCCGGCCACCACUCGGACUGCGCGCCAGUCAUCCGUGUCCUCCGUCACAGGGAGACCUUCCUCCGGAGCUGGGCGAGUUUCCACCGGCGCCCCGACGAGGACACUGAGCGGCCGCUCGUCGCAUGGCGGUCCUCGCGCUGGAGCGGCAUCGCGACCAGAGAACAUGAAGAGGGCGUCGUUUGACUCACUGGCCGGACACGGCAGCGGGAAAGAGGACGACGAUAUGGGGUCUCCCCUUGGCACGGAUGGAGAGAUCAUCUCGCCACAGCCGAGGAGAGCCGCUGCUGCGAGGUCGAACACGGUCGAGAAGCUGACGGCUGCCUCAAACGGUACGGCUCCACCAGUGAGAAAGGUUUCGGCGGCUACGACACCGCGUGCUACGGCCGCCAGCUCCGCCGCCGCCAGCAAGGAGAUCGAGGACCUCAAGGCCAAACUCAAGGUUCUCGAGCGUAAACGACUCGAGGACAGGGACAAGAUCAAGCAGCUCGACAAGGUCCAGUCCGAGCGCGACAAGUAUGAGGGCGUCGUUCAGAAGCUGCAGCAGAAAUAUCAACCCCUGCAGCAGGAGAACAAUGACCUGCGAAAAAUGAUGAAGGAGGCCGAGGCCAAGUUCGAGUCCGUCGAGACGAUGCAGGCCGAACAUGAGACAGCCCUCGAGCUGGCCACCCUCGACCGGGAGAUGGCCGAGGAAAUUGCCGAGGUGCUCAAGGCCGAGGCCGACGCGCUCAGGCAAAAGGUUGAGGAGCUCGAACUCGAGGUCGAGGUGCUGCGCGAGGAGAACUCAGAGUACAGCCAGGGCAUGUCCUCCGAGGAGCGUGCUAGUACGGGUUGGCUGCAGAUGGAGCGGACAAAUGAGAGGCUACGAGAGGCCCUGCUCCGCCUGCGAGACCUGACGCAGGAGUCCGAGGCGGAGCUCAAGGACCAGAUCUCUGGCCUGGAGGAGGAUCUCAAGGAGUUCAACACCCUCAAGGAGCAGCACACGUCGACCCAGGAGAAGCUCACCCAGUCCGAGACCGUUGUCGAGGACCUCCGCCAACAGCUCGACAAUGCUCUCGGUGCCGAGGACAUCAUCGAGGACCUGAGCGAGCGCAACAUGUCGCUUUCUGAGCAGGUCAAGGAGCUCCAGGCCGUCAUUGACGACCUCGAGAGCCUCAAGGAGAUCAACGACGAGCUCGAGGCCAACCAUGUCCAGAAUGAAAAGGAGCUGCAAGAGGAGCUAGACCUCAGGGACAGCAUCAUCACCGAGCAGGCCCGCCGCGCUCUCGAGCAGGAGCAGAACAUGGACGACCUCGAGUACACGCUGUCGCGCUUCCGCGAGCUGGUGACCAACCUGCAGAACGACCUCGAGGACAUGAGGGCCUCGCAGGCCGUGACCGAGGGCGAGUCAGAGAAGCUCAACGACCGUUCGCGCGCCAUGAUGGACCUCAACAUGAAGCUGCAGCUCUCGGCCGCCAAGGCCCAGGCCAAGACGAUCGAUCUCGAGCUGCGCCGCCUGGAGGCCCAGGAAGCUGAGCAGCACCUCGAGAUUGUCAAGCUCUUCCUGCCCGACUCGUACCGGGACGACAAGGACUCCGUCCUGGCCCUCCUGCGCUUCCGCCGCCUGGCGUUCAAGGCCGGCAUUCUCAACGGCUUCAUCAAGGAGCGUAUCAACGGACAGGCCCACCCCGGACAUGAGGAUGACAUCAUUGCCGGGUGCGACGCCGUCGACAAGCUCGUCUGGGUCUCGUCUAUGUGCGACCGCUUCGUCAAUAACAUCAGCCACUGCUCCAUCGAGCAGUUCUCCCGCUACCAGAACGCCCUGCAUGAGCUGGAGCCUGUCGAGCGCGCCCUCAAUGGAUGGAUUGAUGGCCUACGCCGCGACGAGCUCAAGGAACAGAAGUGCGCCGACGAGCUGCAGCGCACCAUGGCCCUCAUGACCCAUCUGGCCGAGGUCCACAUCCCCAGCAACGACCUGGCUAGCUAUGCCGACGAGGCCCACGUCAGGUCGCUCGUGGUCCAGACACGCCUCGACUCGGCUGCCGUCAUCUUCACCACGCUACGCGACAUGGUCCAGAGGGCCACGCCGGCCGAAGGAGGCGACGAGGAUGAGCUGGCCCAGCACUUUGCCAAGAAGACGGAGAUUGCCAUCACCCAGACCAGGAGCGUCAAGGUUGUCGCGGGCAAGGCCGUCCGGGCGCUGGAGGAGCUCAAGACGCGGUCGCUGUCUCUGCUGCCUGCGACGAGGGACGCCUUUGAGCAGUGCGAGCUGGCCACGCAACAGGCGACGGACCUCGCUCGCCACAUCGGCCUCGCCGUCCACAAGCACCUGACCAAGGAUGAGGGACGUACCGAGACCUUCACCCACGUCGAGAUCCAGGAGGUCAUCCAGAAGGCCGUCAUCGAGGCGACGUCGGUCAACGAGUCCGACCUCCUGUCCGAGUACCUGAACAAGCUCCGCAUCGCCAGCGGCCAGAUCAACGACCUGGCCGCCCUGGCCAUGGACCUGGACCAGACGCAGGAGUUUGACAUGCCUCCGGCACCUUGGAAGCUCCGCAGCGAUGAGCUCAGGGCGCUCAAGACGGUGCCCGUCGAUGCUGAGGAGGAGCUGCGCAAGCUCAAGGAGGAGUACGCCGAGGCCCGACGCACGGUUGCCCAGAGGGACGAGCACCUCAGCACGGCGGUGCUCAAGAUCGAGACGCUCGAGGCUCGGAUGCGCGAUGCCCAGAACAACAUUGACCGCAUCGCCGGCCUGCAGGAGCAGCUCGAGGUCUCUGGCGAGCAGAUCACGGGACUCAAGGAGGACAUCGAGAAGCAAGAUAGGGAGCUCAAGAACCUCGAGAGCGAGCGCGACAAGUGGAAGAAGAUUGCCAGCGACAGCCGGGCGUACGCCGACGGAGCCGACGCGGGUGCGGCCGGUGCCAAGGCUGGACAAGAGCGUGCCGUGGCGACAGCCCGCGAGAUGGACGCCCUCAAGCAGGACAUCGAGAGCCUGCAAUCCGCGGUGCGCUACCUCCGCGAGGACAACCGCCGUGCGCGCAUGACGGAGCAGGGCAAGCACGAAUGGCUGGUAGAGCCGCUGAGGAAGCCAGCCAGCGUGUCGGAGCAGCGCAAGGCCCUGGUGGUAUCGGAGGGCAAGGACGUGCUCAGGGAGCUGGUGCGCAUGGCUUCGUCGGCCGCGCCGUUUGAACUGGGCAAGCUACCCGAGGACAAGCUGGCGUGGCGGCCGGCCAAGACGACGCCGCAGUACCACGCAGCCAAGCACGCGGAGGGCUACGAGGCGUGGAAGAGCUGGCAGAGCUCCGUGAUUAAGAAGUCGGAGCUGCUGGCGUCGACGUCGGCGACGUCGAAGAGGAGCAACGGCAACGGCAACGACGGUGCUCGGCUACGCAGUGACCCGGCUGCCCGUCUUCAGAUCAGACUGCCCGGGUCGGAUGGCAGGAAAAUGGUGAGCGGGUCGGCGGGAGGACGGCAGGUGCAGAUUGUGGGAUCACAGGAGUGGGAAGCGCUCCAGGGGAGGCUGGGCGCUGCUGUAUAA